AUGGACCCUAAGCUUGCUGCUUUUCAAAAAAGCGACACAAAAAAGCUCUAUGGUCUUACAGAUCGUCUUUUUAAAGAUGGGGUUUUCAACUGCUAUUUAACUUCGCAGCAGUUUAAUCUGCUUGACUUGAUCCUACAUAGAUUCAAGGAUGCGAAGAUUCGGAUUAAACUCUGGGAUGCCUUCAUCAACAACAACCUUUUUUUGGAAUUUGAGCAAGGACCCAGCCUAGCAGACAAAGAGAUCGAGGAUAUAUCCUCCUCUGGGACAGAGGAAAUAUAUUUGAAACAAGGGACGAGGUCCACCAGGAAUCUCUGCGCUACAAUACGAUAUCUGCUCUACGAAAAAGCUGUUGAUUAUUACUUUGGCGACGAAAAGGUGCAAGAUACGAAAUUUGCUGCCUUUGAUAUUCUGGAAGAGAGCGAAGACGAUGAGAAGUUCGAGGAUGCCGAGGAGAAACCACUAUUUCCCCAGCCUUCAUCAAUGAACGCUACAAGGAACGAAGAGGAUAAUUAUGACGACGAGGACGAGGACAACGAGUACAAUGAAAGGCAACAAGAGCCGAAAAGCAAUCGAGAUGGGUCCGAAAGCGACGUUGUCGAAAUCAGCGAUUCCGCUGACAAAGACGCGACACUAAAAGUGGAUAGAUAUCGUGACAUUCCCGAACAAGGGGAGCUGGAAGAAAAUGAGCAAGGCCAGCUGAAAUUUGUGGUUAACGCACAGCUCUUGCUUGCUCGGCCCGAAUUUCCAUCCACCGCGGAACCUGUGAGUUCGACCGAUGAAGCCAUUGGCUCAAUGGUGCAUCCAAUUUUGGGUACAGCGUCUGCUAUUGAAUCGAAUUUUGAGAGACAAAACGAACUUAAGCUUAUCAAAAGUUUUAACAAGGUGUACCACAGCUUUGAGAACGAUCUCCCCAAUAUCGUGAAACGACGGAAGCUUGAGCGCAGUGACAAGGCCCUAGAGCUUAACGAUACGAAGGACAGUGGCGGCAGUGAUGUUGAAAAUGCGGGAAACGACACCGAUGAUUCUCAGCACGUCAACAAGCUGAUGGGGCUUGGCGGCGCUGCCAAUCUUUCUCUCAAGAACCUUCUUGCGCGGAUCGAAGAGAAUCGCGAUAAAUUGAAUCUCACCGAUUUGGAGCUCAAAAACUUGAUCAUGGACGUGCGGAAGAAUCGUUCGAAAUGGGCCAGCUACAACCGGAUUGGCCAGGAAGAGCUUUACGAAGCGUGUGAAAAAGUUGUUUUGGAAUUGAGGGGCUAUACGGAGCACUCCAUUGCUUUCCUGAACCGUGUGUCUAAAAGGGAGGCACCAAACUAUUACCAAAUCAUCAAGAAGCCGAUGGACUUGAACACUGUGAUGAAGAAGCUGAAGAACUUUCAAUACAACAGCAAGACCGAAUUUGUGGACGAUUUGAUGCUCAUCUGGAAGAAUUGCCUCAUAUAUAAUUCAGAUCCCAACCACUUUCUUAGGGCAGACGCUAUUGCCAUGCAAAAAAAGACACUGUCUUUGAUACCGCUUAUUCCGGACAUUGUGAUCAGAGAUCGAGCAGAAGUGGAAAAAGAGGCAGCAGCAGCUGCCCAGCAAAAUGAAGCCGAAGACACACACGAGAAACCUGGUUUUAUUUCAAGCAGGGGUGUUGGCGGGUCAUCCACGAGCGCAAAGAAGUCAAAGAAAAGCAGAAAAGGAUUACAAGAGGACGAUCGCAGCGAGCCUCCUGCAGCUUCCGACUCGCCUAUGGGCGAGGGAAUGGGGAAGAAAGAUACAAAUACCUCGGCUGCUGACCAAACGACAGAACAAAUUGAAAAGAGAUCUCCCCAAUCUCGAAAUGCCAGUGAUCCUCCAAUCACGCAAUCCAACCUUUCGACGCCCCUUGUAUCUGCAGCAAGUGAAGAAAAGACGGGAGAAAGGGAAGGAACAGCGAAUCCCGAUGAUGAAGAUAACGACGAUGAUGGAACAGCUAUGAUGGAAGACAGACAGGUGCAGGAGCAACAGGAUGACAGAAAUGAAGAUGACGACAAUGAAGAUCUGGAAAUGUCCACCUGGAGAACCCUCACUUCCAACACGCGAUACAAAUUGUGCCAGCAGAGAUCCAACCUGUUCAAGGGUGGAAAGAUCCAGCCGAACGAAGAUGCUUUACUGAGAGAUCCUAUUCAGAUGUCCAACUUCAGCAACUACCUUGAUGACUCCUCCAAAGUUGUGCUCCACAGAAAUCGGCAGUAUUUCGAUGAAAACGAUGAUCCCUACCUGAUCGAGUACGAUAUUGGCGGAGGCAUUCCAUCUUUAAAAUAUAAAGGGCCUGACUAUGAUGCUAUAGAGAAUGAAAUUCUUUCCGAUAUGAUGAAUCAAGGCAAGUCGUUGGAUGAACUCCCACAAUCGCAGUUUUCCAUCAAGAUGAAAGGAAGCAACUCAAUAAUAUUCAAAAACAUCGCCCUGAUGCAGGAUAUCAGAAAAGUGUGCUUCAAGAUCAAUAUUAUUCGACAAAUGCAAACAUCGCAAUUCAUACAUCAGUCUCAAUACCAUGCUCCUGAUAUAGAGCGACUCAAGCCUGCAGACAUUGACCCACAAUCGAAGUUGCCAACAAGAGACCAGCUGAUGCCCCAAGUCGCUUACGCCGCGCUCGAGCGGUCUGUGAGCACCAUCAUCAUGGCUAACGGUUUUGAGACCACAAAUCCUUCUUGUGUGACCAUUGUGACUCAACUGGCAGAGCAGUAUUUUGGAAAUCUCGUCAAGUCUCUCAAAAUGAACAUGGAGUCCAACUCCAUCAACAAGCUUCCUUUGAAAAGCAAGAGACCAAUGAGCUUCAAGGACAUUCUUCUCAUUUCACUUCAGGAAAACGGUAUUGAGAAACCCGAUGUCCUAUAUUCGCAUUAUAAGGAGCAUUUGACCAAGCAAAACAAGAAGCUGACUGACCUCAAGUUCAAGCUGGAAGGAUUCCUCAGAGACUUGCUGCGGCCAGGAAUCCAAGAGAUAACGGAGAACCUGUUUACAGAUGACUCCGAACAAUUUCUCAAUGGUGAUUUCUCUAAUGAAAUUGGGGAAGACUUCUUUGGGUUCAAGGAGCUUGGACUUGAUAAAGAGUUCAAUUUGCUUACCUCAACCAUUCCUCUCCAUUUGCUUCACUCCAAACUGUCGACUCAGCUCAGUCAUCUUGACUCUAAAUCGAAAAAGGCCAAGUACGAGGAUUUCCAAGAGGUCCAAUUCCCAAAGUUGCGCAAGCGGGACUUGUCGUCUCAAAUUGGUCUUUUGAAACCUUUUUACGAAGAUCUGUUGUCCAAAUCAAGGGCAGCGUAUGCUAAACAGUUGAAAAAACAUAGACAGUCAUUGGGACUCACUGACACGGAGGGUUUGCCUACUGCUUCCAAUGGCACCCCAAACGCCCCUGAGAGUGGCUCUGCGCCAAACGGAGGCGAACCACCAUCCGAUUUCGUGGAAAUCGAAGAUCCUGAGGAUUUGGUGAUUUUGGAGGACGAUGAUCUGCCGUUGAAACAGCGUAACCAUCGGCCAAAAGUUCCUCCGAACGGACGAAUUUCACAGGUCAAGCGUAAACUCAUCAAUAAUGCAUUUUUCCUGGAUGCUCAAGACUUAAGGGAGCAGCGAUCACAAAAUACCUCAACAGACCCCCCAACGAGUAUGACUGGAGACACUCAAACCAAGACAGGAAACCCGGAAAUCCCUAAAACCAACGACGAGUUCCGGAAACUCGAGCCAGUUGCUUAG